AUGGAUUUCCGAACCAUUUCGGAAACAAAAAUCGCAUCCAGAAUUCUGCACCGCUGUGUGAAAGUUGUGAACAAUAUUCGCUCAGAGAAUGGUGGGAAAUCUUUAUGUGUCUUCAAGAUUGGCAUCACUUCCGAUGCAUGGCAGCGCCGUGAGAGCUACCUCAAGCAAAACUUCAAGAGCUUCGUGAUCCUCCACAAGGUCUGCCAAGCAGAGCUUCUAGGGAUGUGUGAAAUGUUAGAGGCUGCCCUCAUUGCAGAGUUCCACGAUAAUGUUCGGUGUUGCCGCAACAAACAAGGUGGCGGUGAGAGCAUGAGAAAGAAAGACUUCAGUCCCCGCUUCAAGCCUCCCUACUAUGUAUAUUGCGUCGCCGCCAAGGACAUCGUCUUGGAUGCCCUGGCAGCAGCCAGACGAGAUCCUUGCGAGGUGCUACAAAAAAUUGCUAGGGUGAAGCUAUCAAGCGCUGACGUGCCACUCUACAAGAUAUUUCGGGAGAAUGGCCUGACAAUGGGAAUUGACAUCAGCUUUGCUAAAGCUGGUAAGAUGGAGCGCUACCCGUACUUGAAACCUAGGCAUCUCCUGGAGGUUUUGAGUGAAAGGUAUUUCCACAAGGUGCUGGGUGUUCCAGUGCACUUAGCUGAACAGUCUCUUGAAAUUUUUUGGCGCAAGUACCGGACGUUGCACCCUGAACACGAAAUCUUCCAGCAAUACUUCCCGCUUCCCCAACUCAUACCAUAUUAUUUGCAUGGUGAUGGAGGUCGUGGGUACAAGAAGGAGGCAGUUGAAAUCCUGUCAAUGUUGCCAGCUCUUGGCGCUGGCACCAACCAAAGCCCUGUGAAGCUGGAUAGAAAAAGGAACCACAGCGAUGCCGACCAACAAGGCAUCAACCUUUCGGGGAGCAGUGGAGCUACGCGUUUCCUUUUCACAGUGCUCAGUUCCCUUGUCUUUAAGAAGGACCUUGGACUUUUCGAUGACCUACUUGAACUAUGGGGCCAGCAACUGCAAGCUCUGCUUUCUGAUGGGUUUUGGGCGCAAGGAUCCCUGUGGAGAAUUGUAAUUCUGGGGUUUACAGGGGAUUCACCGUUCGUCAAAAAGGUGAGCAAGAUGAAUCGCUCCUUCAACAAUGUGCGGAAGACACAUGCCUCGAAGAAUCCCCAAAAAGGCUGUUGCUGGCUGUGCCAUGCUGGGUAUGAGUGGGAAGAUGUGAGCUACCCGUUUGAGCACCUUGGGUUGGUGACACCUUUAUGGAUCCAGACCUCUGGGCUCAACAACCCCCUCCCCUGGUCCGAUGAUGGCGGGCGACUCUUGAGAUACAUGUUGCUUGACCCUGCUGAAAGUGCAGCUGCUUUCUUUCGCGCUGACUUUUUCCAUGUAUACCAUGCUGGUGUAGGCAAGGAUUUUGCUGCUAGCGCCCUCAUAUACGCAAUGAAACAGUGCUUUGGCCUUGGAAGCAUCCGGAAAGAUCUGGCUGCUUUGAAUGAUGAACUCAGGAAUUUCUUGCGCAGAAACAAAUUGCACCUUCACUGUGGCUACUUGACCGAGGACUUGCUAGGCUACAGUGGCACCAGGGACUUCCCCGAAGGCCAUUGGAGCAAGAACAUGGACACGGCCAUUCUCAUGAAGUUUGUGGUUGACUUGUUGCAAAACCCGGAUUUCCAUACUAAAGUGGCGUGUGACGAGAUUUUGGUGGAAAUCCUCCAGACGGGCAUUGCCAUGGGCAAUGCCGUGCGAAUUUUCUUCAAAGGUGACUACUUUAUGCCGAGUGAAGAUUGCCAGGCUGUGAUUAGGAACGGCCACGCAUUUUUGUGCGGGUACGCAGCCCUCGUGAGUAUGUGCCAUGCUGCGAGCCUCUGCCUUUUCAAGCUUCGCCCGAAAAUUCAUUACCUGAAUCACAUCUUCCUACGUGUAUUGCAGGAAUGGGAAACUGCUGGCAUUGCAGUGAAUCCCUGCGCGGAAGCAACCUUCAUGUCGGAGGAUUUCGUGGGCAAGACGGCUCGGAUAAGCCGCCGUGUGGAUUGCAAAGCUAUUGCUCUCAAAACGCUCCAGCGGUACAUUAUGUGGAUGCAAACAGCAUUGGACAAGGACUUGCUUUUACACCUGCUCGGCUGA